AUGGCGACUGAACUUAUUGCUGCGAACAUUGAACCUGGGUCUCGAACUCAAGGCGUGGAGCUUCAAGAAACUCACGGCCAAGUUGAUGCUCCAUGGGGAUAUCUGCAUUCAGACUUCUAUCCAGAGACCCCACCCAUCUCUGUAAGCGCCAGCGAGAGUGAUCUCACGCUUUCUUUCAUCAACACGAAGGGGUUUGAAGGCAAUCCUAUUGUUGCCGUGUUGGGUGUUGGCUAUGUUGGUAGCCAUCUUGUGGAGACCUUCUCCAGUCACUUUCGUGUUAUCGGCUUUGAUGUGUCGAGUCAGAGAGUGCGCGAGCUAAGUGAGAAGUACGACACGGUCUCGUCAAUCAGCAUCUCUAGCAAUCCGAGAGAUCUCGCUCAAGCGACACAUUUCCUCAUCUCGGUUCCAACCCUGCUGAGGCCGGACCGAACUAUCGAUUCCUCCUAUCUUCGUGAAGCACUCAGAACCGUUGGCAUGGUAGCCCGUCGCGGUUCAACCAUUGUCAUAGAAAGCUCUGUCGCCGUCGGCAUGACUAGGCAGCUUCUUGGGCCUCUGGCCGAGGAGUGCGGUUUCUUUGCUGGCAUGUCGCCCGAGAGAGUCGAUCCAGGGAGAAAGCAUCCAUCGGUUCAGUCCAUCCCCAAGAUUAUCUCCGGGCUUGAUGACAUAGUCCCUGGGUCAUUGGAAUCCAUCUCCAGUAUCUAUGGCCGUGUUUUUGACCAUUUGGUCCCAGUUUCCACGCCUGAGGUCGCAGAAAUGACCAAACUGUAUGAGAACUGUCAGCGAAUGGUAUGCAUUGCAUAUGCCAAUGAGAUGGCUGAUGCCUGCAUCUCUCAUGGUAUUAACCCCUUUGAGGUUUGUGAGGCUGCCUCAACCAAACCUUUCGGGUUUAUGUCGUAUACGCCAGGCAUUGGUGUGGGUGGACACUGCAUCCCCAUCAACCCAUUUUACCUGCUCUCCAACAAUAGCUUUCCUCUACUGGAAAAGGCAACCAAGAUAAUGUGGUCCCGGCCCGCAGCUAUUGCAGAACGAGCAGUAGAACAGCUGAAUCAUUUCGGUAAAGGGGCAGUGCUAGGCAGCAGACCUCGUAUUCUGGUCGUCGGGAUGGCGUUCAAAGCCGGCCAAUCUAACCUGAGCAAUUCUCCAGGUCUCGAAUUAGCUAUACACCUGGUCGUAUCUCAGCAAUUUGAUGUGACAUGGGCGGAUGCAUUAGUUGACGAGCUAUCAAUUCCCCAAAUCAAGCGGCUGCCAGACAACGAGUGGUGCAAAGAUAUUUUGGAGAUGUAUGACAUGAUUUUUGUUUGUCUGAAGCAAUGUGGGAUGGAUCUGGAGUUGCUGAAAGAGCUGAAGAAUCCCAAGGUUGAGAUGUGGUGUCGCUGA